AUGCUCCCCAUCCCUAUCUUAUCAGCGCUGGCAACGCUGGCACUUAGUGCCACCACCGUUGUUGCUCAAGACGUGCAGCAGCGCCAGCCCAAUAUUGUUUUUAUCCUGACAGAUGACCAGGACCAGCAGCUGGGCUCUCUUGACUACAUGCCCUAUGUUCAGAAGCACCUUGUCAAAGAAGGCACAUAUUACCGCAAACAUUUCUGUACAAUUGCAAUAUGCUGUCCGUCCCGUGUCAGCCUGCUAACGGGCCAGGCGGCGCACAACACCAACGUCACUAACGUUGUUCGUCCUCACGGAGGUUACCCCAAGUUCGUGUCUCAGGGCUACAAUGACAAGUAUCUGCCUGUGUGGCUCCAAGACGCCGGCUACAAUACCUACUACACCGGCAAGCUCUUUAACGCACAUGAUACCGGCAACUGGAAUAACCCUUUCCCCAAAGGGUGGACUGGCAGUGACUUCCUCUUAGACCCCAACACUUACCUUUACCUCAACGCUACGUUCCAGAGGAACCAAAACCCACCUCAGACCUUCCCUGGCGAGUACAGCAACGACUUGGUCGCCGAAAGAGCGUUGGGUUUCUUAGAUGACGCCCUCGAAUUCAAUGGCAGCAAGCCCUUCUUCCUCGGCGUUGCACCCAUCGGUCCUCACAAUAAUGGCCUUGGCGGCGAAACAAGUCCAGGUGCCACACCGCCCAUCCCGGCAAAGAGGCACGAGAACCUGUUCGCCAAUGUCACUGUCCCUCACACUUACAACUUCAACCCUGAGAAGCCCAGUAUGGCCAACUGGGGCCAUAUCAUUCGCCAGUUGAAUGCUACCGAGGUGGCCUACGGCGACUAUUACUACCGCCGCCGCCUCCAGACGCUGCAGUCCGUCGACGAGAUGGUUGACGCCAUCAUCGACCGCCUCGAUCAAGCAGGCAUCCUUGACAACACGUACUUUAUAUUCACGUCCGACAAUGGCUUCCACAUCGGUCAGCACCGCCUCAAGCCAGGAAAGACGUGUGCUAUUGAGGAGGACAUCAAUGUACCGUUCCUGAUUCGUGGUCCUGGUGUGCCCAAGGGAAAAAGGGUCGACUUCGUCACGACCCACACCGAUAUCGCUCCAACCAUCUUUUCGCUUGCCAACAUUACCCUGCGUGAGGAUUUCGAUGGAUCUCCCAUUCCCUUCUCUGAGGAAGACAUCGAGAAGUCACAGAAUGACCCCAAGCACGACCACGUCAACGUCGAGUUCUGGGGACUUCAGUCGGGUUAUGACGCCUUCGGAGGCGUCGCCGCGAAUAACACGUACAAGGCCAUGCGUGUUCUAGGAGGUGGAUACAGCUUGUUCUACUCGGUCUGGUGCAGCAACGAGCGGGAGCUCUACGAUAUGAAAAAGGACCCAGGCCAGAUGGUCAACCUAGCUGGGAGCGCCUUCGGCCAGCUUCUUGAGCGUCCAUUAUCUGCCGUGCAAGACCGGCUCGACGCCCUCCUAUUGGUUCUGAAGAGCUGCAAGGCAGUGACCUGCAGGCUUCCUUGGAAGCACAUCCACCCCGAGGGCGGCGUCGACAACCUGCGCGAUGCUCUCGACGUCAAGUACGAUGAGUUCUACGCGGCACAGCCCAAGGUCUCAUUUUCCAGCUGCAAAGACUUUUACGAUAUCAGCGCCGAAGGUGCCCAGCAUUCGCUGACCUUUUACGACCCGUGA